CUUGGUCCGGUUCAUCCCAAGAUCAAAAAAGUGUAAAUAUAAACUUGGUGUGGUUCACAUGGCAGAGGGACGUCAUGUGAAUUCAAAGCACAUGAAGAAGAAGAAAUGGAAUGGAUCGGAAAAAGGAAUAGUACGUAGUAGCUCCUUUUAAACCACCCGGUUUGAAAUCAACUGGAUUUUGUCAGCAAAUUUCCUUUCUUCCUUCCCAGUUAAUUACAAAGUUAACUAAUGGAUCAUCCGCAUAAUUACGGUUCCAGCAACUCCAAACGCAGUUACACAGAGAUUGCGGCGGCGGCCACGGCCGGAGAGGAUUGCCCACAACCGCAACUGGUGCCUCUGCCCCUGCCGGUGCAGCAAAAACUGAACAGCAUAUGUGAGGAGAAAGAGCAACCACAGCCGGACGCCGCGUUGAGAAGGAGGCUGGGUUUGCUGGGGGAGGAGAAGGCACUCGAACUCCUCGGCGAAAUUUACAAUAGUAAAAAAAAGAUAAAAGCCCUCAGUGGAUGCAUCUGGUUCUUGCUGCGCGAAAAGUACCAAUGUACCCCUCGUUCUCGUUCUCCUUCCCCUUCCCCUACCAAGUCUGGCCCUGCUGCUUCUCCGCCUCUUCACAGCCCGUCUUCUGCUUCCCAAAUCACUCCUGGUCGUCAAGGGAGUACUAGUGGAGGACAGAAGCAAUUAAAUUCCUAUUUCUCUCCAUCACCUUCGAAAGCUGCACGUACAUCCCUUUUUCGAGGCCCAUCAUCUUCUCUUCCUAUCAGUUCUGUUCAUGAAGGAGAUACCAUAGACAAUCGAUACUUGCAAUCUAGCAGAGCUUCAAAUGUAAAUGCAACUGCAAAAGUGUCAAAUUACAAAAGUAAUUUGGAAAAGGAACAAAAGAAUCAAGUCAUGAAUGAACCUCUCCAAGAUAUCCCUUAUCCUUAUGAGGUUGGGAGUUCAGCAGUUCGUCCCUCAGGCCCUUCUGGUGCUGAUGCAGAGCCUAAGAUGUCAAUGGAGCCCUUCACUUUCCCUUCGGGCAACAACCCUCCUUCACCUCCUGUCGUCGAGCAAUCAAAGGUUAUUUUGAUAGAGGCUGAGAAUGUUCAAGUGCCUGUAGAGGUAGCAACAAUUCUCAAACAGGUAUAUUCUUUAUCACUUAUCUAUUUUUACUAUUGCACUACUCAUGAAGAGGCCUCUCUAACUAUCAACCUUCCCCAUACCCCAGCAAUUGGAGUAGUGGAUAUUGACAGUUCGUCAGGGGAGAAAGAGAAGGCCCCUAGCUCGACAAAAGAAGCUCACAACACAUAUUUCCUUGUUCCUCAUUCUGUGCCUGAUGCUAGCAAGGAAAGGCCUAGCACACCCUCUCAGAGCAACAGGCAAAAAGAAAAGGCUUCUUCCUCAUCUUCCAACUUACCAGAGCAGCCAACUCCUCUAGCUGUGGUUUAUCCCAACAUAUCCCUCUCUGAUGUCUUGCUCGAACUUCAGAAACUCAAGCAAAAGGUUGACUCCCCGAGCCAGAAGCCAUCAGUUCAACAAGCUCAAGAUCUAAAACAAUCCUUCAAAAACUGGUUGGAAGGUGGUUUUGAUGUCAACUUCCAACGCGACAUGCUUAAUCAAGCUGAGAGUACACUUGAGAAGCUGUAUGAGCUUAAUGAGAUCACCAAAGAGCAAUUCCAGACCUUUAAAUACUUCUUCCAGCUUCUAAAGCAGUUGCAGGAACAAUACUUCCAAGCUGCCAAAGAGGCUGAACAUAUGCAACAAAUGAAACUCCAACACCCUGAGUUCUCUACUCUUUUGAAAUCUGUUAUUGGAGAAGGAACCAAAAUUGGGGAUAGUAUUUCUGUAGUGGACCAACAAAUUCAGCAGCUAGAGCAAGAGUUGGCCAAACUGAAAGCUGAGAAAGCUAGCUUGGCUAGUGAACUAGCUGUGAAAGUGGUUGAGGCCCGAAGUGCAAGUCAACAAGUAGAUACUUUGGAUGCUCAGUUGGUCAACAGCAACAUUGCAGUUGAAGAGCCUGAGAGGCUGGAGAUUGACAUGAAGACUGUGUAUGCUAGGAUUGUUGCCCUAGCUAAGGAUGCUCAUUUGUAA